AAUAGAGUCUUAUGUGCCUUUAAAGAUGUCAUUCUUAGCAAAGAAAGAGCGAAGUGGGAUUGGGUGUUGGCUCUGACGGUGCACGUUGUUGGUGCGAAGGCUUUUCUUCUGUCAAAACAACUCAGGUCACGUGACUCCCUGACGUAGCGUUCUCCACUCUGCGCUGAUGCAGAGGGGGUUUCCAUCAUGGCGUCGAUGCAGAAAAGGCUACAGAAGGAAUUGUUAGCCCUGCAAAAUGAUCCACCCCCAGGAAUGACCCUCAACGAGAAAAGUGUACAAAACACCAUCACACAGUGGAUUGUAGAUAUGGAAGGAGCGCCCGGCACCCUGUACGAAGGAGAGAAGUUUCAGCUACUUUUCAAAUUUAGUGGUCGAUAUCCUUUUGAUUCACCUCAGGUGAUGUUCACGGGAGAGAAUAUACCCGUUCAUCCGCAUGUGUAUAGCAACGGUCACAUCUGUUUAUCCAUUCUGACAGAAGACUGGUCACCAGCGCUCUCAGUGCAAUCUGUUUGUCUUAGCAUUAUCAGCAUGUUGUCCAGCUGCAAAGAAAAGAGACGACCGCCAGAUAAUUCCUUUUAUGUAAGAACGUGUAACAAAAAUCCAAAGAAAACAAAAUGGUGGUAUCAUGAUGAUACAUGCUAAUGUACAAACUUUCUAUUAAUGGUAGAAGACGCAGCCCUACUGACCUACAUGAAGCACUUUUUAAUCCUUCAGUCUUUGAACUCUGACUUGUGACUGGAACAAUGGAAACCAUUCGCAGGAGGCUCUUGACUGCCUUUUUUUUCCUGUGGACGGUCGGCUGCAUGUUUUAGUUGGCUGUAACAUAGAAAGUGGAAGUAAAUGAACAUUCGGAUGCACCCACAAAGUAUGGUUUGUGGUGAAACAGCCACAAUGCAGCGAGCAGGAAAGGAGGAUUUGUGGUGAGAUAAUUAUAAUUCCUGUUUUAAGAUUAUUGUUACUUUUUUUUUUGUUUGUAUUUAGGUGCAUUUUAGGGUUUUGUGUUGUGCAAUAAUAACUGAUGGAUGCAUGCUUGGGCCUACAAAGACAAAAAUCCAAAUCCAGUCAUCAUCUUGAAGGAGUCUAACCAUCAAAACCCCAAGAAAAUGCAUCAUCCGUUUAGUUUUUUUUUUUUUUCUUUCUCUAUCAUUGUUAUUAUUAUGCACUGUGAAUUGAUUUAGUUUUAAAGAACCUGUGCACAUUUAUUCCCCCAUCUUGCAGGAUGUACUGUAAGAAGUCCUCCACUUAUUUAUCAGGUUCAAGGGUUUUAGUUGAUGGUCACUAACUCAAGAGUACAAAUAGCUUCCAACUCGACCUUGUGCAGUUCUUCCUGCUGUUGUCGGUACAGAUGGAAAUAAGAGAUUUAUUAGAUCUUAAGUUAUUUUAUGACCUCACUGUACAUCUCCACUCGAGGUUCGUCAGUAGUCCAGCCUUCAAGAUGUGCAGCAGCCUCUCUUCCGUUAAAAGAAUGUCCGUAGGAGAACAUUGUUGCAUGAUUCUUUUUUUUUUUUUUUUAUUUGUACAAUACUUUUUUUUAAAUACAUGCUUUAAUUUUUCCUCUAAACUAUUUGAUUUUAAGUGUAUAUUUUUUGUAUUCUUGUUUUGCCCUUAGCUGAUGCUUUGAAUGGGGGAUUGUAGUGAACAUUGAGGGUUCUUGUUUUUUUUUUCCUAAUUGAAAUCCUCAUUUGAUCUCCAGUGCAGCAAUGAAUGAUGAAAUGAGACUUUGUUGGAGCUGUACAGAUGAGGCAUUUGUGAUAUUUUUUUUCCCCCUCCUGGUCAGAGUUGUGGCUCAGGUACUUUUUCAAUAAAGAGAUCUCCUCUUAAAAAAAAAAAAAAAAAAAACUAUCAUAUAUUUUGAAUUAAACUAUAUUUGCACCAAAAGAGACUGUUAUGCUGUAAACUUAUAACAUGUCUGAAACUCUUGUAUGUUUUAGAACUAUUGGAUGAUGUGAAAAGGGUUGGCAGAAGAUACAUUUACUUCACAGCUGAGGGAUGAGAGGAGUGCUUAUUUUACUGAAAAUGAGUUAACAUCUUUAGCUACUUUUUCGCUGCAAACAGUCAGCAACAAACUCGUAUGUUCAAAGUAGUGGUACAAUAGGGGUGCAUGCAGUUUUGAUAUUCUGAUUUUGUCUCUAGACUUUCCAGAAAGUAGAUGAUUCGUUAGACGGGUAUUACAACACUCCCAACCAGAGGAUUUGGUCAAUUCAGGCUGUAAGCACUCCAUUCCUGAAGUAAAUGUUUAUCACCAUCCAGUUGGGGAUACUUGAAUUUUCCUUUUUUUUUUGGUAUUUAUGCGACUUACUUUUUUUCUCCCAGCGCCUAGCGUACUUCCUUGAUUGAACUGGAGUGAAUGUGACUAUAAUCUUUAUUGUGCAAGCAGUUAAAACAGCACACAGUUGUUUUAGAAAUGAUAUUGAUAACUUAAAGACGCUCUAUUUAAAUUUCUCUCUUUGCUUUACUGCAGUGGAUUUUGUCCGAUGUGUAAAUGCAGUCAUAAGAGCAUUGGUGCAAAAUGCAGUAGAUCAGAGGACAUCUUCAUACGUUGGGAGUGAUUUAUGUUACAAGGGUUUGGAUGCGAUUUCUUUGUUAUUUUUUAAAAACACUGCUGACCCCCCCUUCCUUUUUUAUUUUUACUUUUUGUUUUCAAUGUGGGUUUGGACUCUUAGCUUGCAGGCUCUUAUGAGUGAAAAACACUAAUGAGGGUGAGUUAUUUAUAUUUAAAAUGUUAUUUUGGGAUGUGCAAGCUCCAUGUAAUAGGUGCCUGUUCAUUUUCAUAAUCAAUAAAAGCAAAGAUUCACUUUUAUUCAA